CUCUCGGGAUCGUCACCGUCGUCCUCCUCAAGCCCAACAACUCUCCGCGAUGGCCAUCAAGAUCGUCAAAAAGCGCACCACCAAAUUCAAGCGUCACCAGUCUGACCGUUACCACGGUGUGAAGGAGGCAUGGAGGAAGCCCAAGGGUAUUGAUAACAGGGUCAGGCGUCGCUUCAAGGGCCAAACGCCCAUGCCCAAGAUUGGUUAUGGCAGCAACAAAAAGACACGCCAUCUACUUCCCAACGGUCUCAAGAAAUUCCUUGUGAACAACGUCCGGGAGGUUGAUCUUUUACUUAUGCACAACAAAACUUUUGCUGCUGAAAUCGCUCACGGCGUGAGCAGCCGAAACCGCACUACUAUCCUCGAACGUGCGAAGGUGCUCGGCAUCAAGGUCACAAACCCUGCCGCUCGUCUGAGGUCGGAGGAGUAGAUUAUCACUUUUAUCAAUGCAUUCCAUUCCAUUCCACACAUGACAUGUAAUUCCACAUAUGCUGAUGUCUAUGCGACCAUCUUUUGGGCUG